AAAUUUUCUUUUGACAAAUACAUGACAGCCAUGUCAAUCCAAUAGUCCAAGUUUUCCAAAAUUUUCAGUAAAUUUUAAAUUUCAAUCAAAAUUCCAAGUUUUCCACAGUACUUAACGAUAUUUUGGAACUCCAAAAAAUGUAUCAAUAAAUAAAAUAGUGUGUACAUGGGGUGUCCUUAAUAAGGAUUGUUAAAAAAGGCACGAUGGAUCAAGGCCAGUUGAUGACAGUUGAGGAGAGUUACGUCGAACGGCGUCAACUGUUCAAAGAUAUAUGGGACACUGCCAUGCACAUGGAUGAAAAGGAUGGUGAUAUCUUGAACAAACCAAAAGUUAUCAAGACCCUCCGACUAAGCGAAGUUGACAGAUCAGCAGGGAAAAAGAAAAAGCAAAGAAUCAAGAAUCUACGGGCAGUCUGCAAGAAGAUCCUGGAGUUCUGUGAUAAGCAAGAUGCAGACGACAUCUUUUACAACCAUGUUAGACCUACAUUGAUCACAACGGAAGGUCACGUCGCGCCUGUAAAAAAGCCCGAAACGCAUCCAAAGAAAAAGAAGUUAAAGAGCAGAAAGAAAAUAAAAAAAACUAAAAGUUUACCAAAUAAAGACGCAUCAAGUGCGCAGGCAAAAGUAAUAGUAUCCGACGGGAAGGAGCGCUAUGGCUUGAGUCCCAAGAAUAAGCCUACAAGGAAUUCAUCGCCGUCAAAAUUCAAGUCUAUAAUUAUCAAAAGACCGUACAUACGACCGAAAAUGGGGUCAGUAGCGCCGUCGAUGACGAUGAAACCCUUAAAGCUUGUGUCUUCGCUGAAAAACGCUGAUAUUACUACCACACCCCGAAAACUCGUCAAUAAGAAAAGCCAUCCUAAGAAUAAGAAAAAAAAUAAAACUUCUCUAGAUCACGUUUCUCCCCUAAAAAUAGAUGUUAUAGAUUAAAGUUUUCUGAUCAGU